GUAGUUUAAUGGCUAAUAAAAACUAACAAAUGAAACUACCAAUGAAUGCUAUACACGUGUACUAUCUACAGUUCAAUCGGAACUAAAAGUUGUUGGUGGAAAACGCCACCGUUCCUGGCUGCACUUGAAGCAAGACGCAGUCGUUUUGCUCUGCUCCUUGUUCUUCCUCUUGUUCUUCAUUUCUGGAGCAGAGCUGCAUACUUUGGUUGCUGUUGAGCAACUCGGAUCACCUGGAGGUUGAUCAUCUCGCCUCUCUAUUACUCUUUCCAAUUUGUACGUUUAGUGUACACUGGAUCUGGAAUAGGAAUACUUUCUUCCGCCAACUUCUUGCAGAAUGUUAAAUGUAGCCUCUGAACUAUUACUUUUUCCCUAUUCAAGUCCCUCGACAAUUUAUUUUCAGUCACUUGACUUGACCUCCAAGUUACCUUAACUCUUAGUUAGAAGAGAAUUAAAGUAGCAAACUCCUAUGUUUGAUUGCAUGUAGCUUUUAUCUUCUUGUGAAAGGUUGUAUUUAUAUAGCACUCUUGCUUUGCUGGCCUGGCCUCGCCAAGUAGGGGUAAUUCCCUAAAUACACAUAAAACUAAAAAUAAAUUUUUAAACUACCACACUUAUAAAAAAAAUUCCCAAAAUAACUAAGUUUGGAGUGGUUCGAGUUUGAGGAACUCGAACUACUAACCGGUUCGAGUGUAGGAGACUCGAUCUAGUCCUAGAUCGAUGAUAUAAGCCUCGAACCAUGUGGGGCUGAAGUGGUUUGAGUUCAGUGAACUCGAACCACUCCUUUGAAAUUUCCAACCACCUUAAAUUUGUGUUCGGUUAUCCGAUCGUAGCAAACUUUUUUUUCAUUUCGCAUAACUUUUCGAGGAGUACAACUUUUUAAUAGAAAUAUUUUCAGAAUAUAUGUGAAAAUGUGAAAAUUAAAGUUAAAGAUAAUCCCAAAACCCCUUAUAUUAAAAAUUAUUCCUAUUUUGAAAAUUUAUUCCUAGUAAAUGUUGUAGUACUCAAAAUAUUAUGCAAAAUAAAAAAAACAUUGCGAUUUUUGGAUUACGGAGCACAAAGUUAUGAUCCUCUAAAGUUUGACAAAAUCGAAAAAUUGCUCGUUUAGGGGUAACAAAUGACAUUUUCUCGGGGCGAAGGCACGGGGAAUUUUUUUAUUUAUAGGAAAUUUCUGCCAAAAGAUCAAUUUUUUCCAAACGAGAAAUUUUUGGAUGGCUAUGGUUCGAGGCUUAUAUCAUCGAUCUAUGACUAGAUCUAGUCUCUUACACUCGAACCGGUUAGUAGUUCGAGUUCCUCAAACUCGAACCACUCCAAACUUAGGUAUUUUGGGAAUUUUUUUUUAUAAAUAUGGUAGUUUAGGAAUUUGUGUUAGUUUUAUGUGUAUUUAGGGAAUUAUUCCGCCAACCAGCAGCAAUCCUGGCUCUGUCAAUGGAUCUCGUCGUAUACGGUACAUAGCAAUCUUCAUGUUAUGCAUUACGAUUUACGCAUGUGUAUGUUGAUAGAUGAUCAAGUUAUUGACAAACGAGCAAAACAUAUACAAACAAAGGACACCAUUGUCCAUUGGCUUUUGGCCAGAAAACACAGUAGAUCAUAUGCCUCCCUUUUCCCCCCUUGUCUUCUCGAUAAUAUUAUAAUAAAUUAACUUUCACCAAAAUGUCAUCGCUUACGUCAUGUUUUCUCCACAAGCCAAUUACCAACCUUGUCUUUAUAUACAUCGGGAACACCAAGAUCACCGUUCAAGCUCACUAACUAGUAACCACAAAAAGCAACGCUUCGCAGCUCUUCCUCUGCGUCUCCAAACCAUGACCGCCGGUGCAGAUCAGCAACAACGCCGCCGCCGCCCUCACGUCCUGGUGGUAACGUAUCCAGCGCAGGGCCAUCUGAACCCGGCCCUCCAAUUCUCCAUCCGUUUGGUGUCCCUCGGAUGCAGAGUCACCCUCGUCACCACAGUCUCCGGCCACCGCCGCAUCGACGCUAGCUCCUCCUCCCUUCCCGCGGAGGGGCUCUCCAUCGCGACGUUCUCCGACGGCCACGACGACGAGGUACAGACCUCGUCGUCGUCGUCUCAGGCCACGGAUCGGGCCCAGCGCUGGGCCCAGCUCGUGACCCGCGGGUCCCAGUUUCUCAGAGAGCUCAUCGCGUCCAACGCCAGGGAAGGAACCCCGUUCGCCUGCUUGGUGUACACGAUACUGCUGACGUGGGCGAUGGACGCGGCGCGUGAGGAGAACCUCCCCUCCACGCUCCUCUGGAUCCAGCCGGCCACCGUCCUCGACAUCUACUACUACUUCGUGAACGGGUACGAGGAGAUGUUCGACAACUGCAAGGAUCCGUCGUUCGCCGUGGAGUUACCGGGACUCCCGGUAAGCUUCACGUCGAAGGACCUCCCUUCCAUCGUCGUCCCUUCCAACCCGUACCCUAUGUUUCUCGAAGCAAUGAAGAAUCAGAUCGAAGUCUUGUCCUCCUCCAGCAGGGAGGAGGACAGGACCGGGACGACGACGAUGGUCCUGGUCAACACUUUCGACGCGCUGGAACUAGAGGCCCUGAAAGCCCUGGAGGGGAAGCUCGAUAUGGUAGGGGUGGGGCCCCUGGUCCCGUCGAGCUUCCUAUCAGUUACACAAUAUCCCAUCACUACUUUCAACACCACCACCAACUCUGCUAGCGGAGAUGAUGAUGAUGAUAAGAUCAUCAUCUCCGCUCCAGACUACAUGACGUGGCUUGACUCGCAAGCCACGUCAUCAGUCGUCUACGUGUCGUUCGGGACCAUCGCUGAGGUGUCGAGGAGGCAGAAGGAGGAGGUAGGGAAAGCGCUGGUAAGCAGCGGGAGGCCUUUCCUGUGGACAUUAAGGAAAGAGGCGGAGAAGGCUGGGGAGGAGGAAGGAGUGGAGGUGGCGAGAUGGAGAGAGGAGAUGGAGGAGAAGGCGGCGGAGGCUGGGGGGAGGAUCGUUGAGUGGUGCUCGCAGGUGGAUGUGCUCUCGCAUGGGGCGGUGGGGUGUUUCCUGACGCACUGUGGAUGGAACUCGACGCUGGAGAGCAUGUGUUUGGGGGUGCCAAUGGUGGGGUUCCCGCAGUUUUCAGACCAGGAGACGAACACGAAGCUGGUGGAGGACGUGUGGCGGACCGGGGUGAGGGUGACAAUAGUGCCGGAGAACGGUGGUGGUGGUGGUGCGGUGGUGGAAGAAGGUGAGAUAAGGAGGUGUUUGGAUUUGGUGAUGGGAGAUGGGGAAGUGGGGGAAGAAGUGAGGAGGAAUGCGAGGAAAUGGAAAGAGCUUGCGAGGAGUGCAGUUGGGGAGGAGGGUGGGACUUCCUACGCCAACCUCAAGGCUUUCGUGGAUGAGAUUACUAGCUAAGCUAGGUGACAAGAGGAGAAGAUAUCAUUAUGAUAAUGCACACAUGUACGUGUUGACUGCAUAAUUAGUUUGAACUAGCUAGUGGAAGUGGAUUAUUACUUUUCUAAAAAGUUUCCCUUGCACUAUUUGCCCAUACUAUUAGUGGAUGCUAUUAAGGAUGACAAAAUUAUCCGUAAUCAUGGAUAUACGCCUGAAUCCGGCUUAAUUGGGUAGGCUAAAAUUCGAACUCGAAUGACAUUUAGUGGGUAUGGGUAAAACUCGAACCUGGAUAUUGUGGGUAAUGGGUGGGCAUGGGUUUCUCAGUAUCCAUCCUGAACCCGCCCGAUAUACACAUGCAUAUGUAUUUUGUCUAGAAUUAAUCAUUAUUUUUCUCUAACAUAUUUUAUAUUUAGCAUAUAAAUAUAAUAUUUUCAUGAAAUUGUGUUGUUUUAAUUAAUUUUCUUCAUUCUAGUGAAUUAUUGUCGUAUUUUUCCUCUUACGUAACGUUAGAAUACAUGUGAAUGUUAACAUAUUGGUUGGAGUUAUGAAUAGAAAUUAUUACUCAUGGAUAACCGUGGAUACCCGAAACCCGAACGGGUAUGGACAUGGUUUUGAUUUUCUACCCGUUUCACAUGUGGGUAUGGAUAUGUGUAAAACCCAAACUAUUUUGGGUAGGAUAACGAAUAUGCACUAUCCACCCCGACCCGACCCAUUGCCCUCCCUACAUGCUAUUGCUAACCUCUGUUUAAGCUAUUUUAUUAAUAUAGUAAAAUGUAUAAUCGUUGUUAUUUAAAAAUAAAUAUUUCUAAUACUUUUUAAAUAAAAUUAUCUAUUAGUUUUUUUUUUAUUUCCGUAUUCUCAUUUCAUUCUCCGUGAUAUAUAAUUUUCUGUCGUUGUUAUGGCUAAUUCAUUAAGACUUUCUUGGUAACUAAUAACACAUAUAAGAAUUUAACAUUAUUCUCCUUCAUAUAAUUUUUCAUCGUUGUCAUGGCUAAUUCAUUAAGACUUUCUUAAUAAUUUAUAACACAUAUAGGAAUAUAACAUUGUGCCUCCUGACUCCUCUGUAUAUAAUAUACAUGCGAGAUUAAUAUUGAUCAAUGGCUCACAUUAGUAUUGCCUAAUGGGAUAUACAUAAGCAUAAUCCAUUAAUCAUACACGACACUUACCACAUAUAUUAUAUCUGUUUGGAUUAAACUCCUCAUCAUAUCCCUAAUAUUCGGAGGUCAUGUGCCAGAAGGCCUACCGACACACCGUACUGGCCACUCGUGAGUUCAAUGCAGAACCUCGACACAAAAUGUUAAACUAACACAAUAAUAAUAAUAAUAAUAAUAAUAAUAAUAAAUCAACAUUUAGUAUGAGCAACUUUCUCGACGUUUAUAUUAGGGUUGGUAAACGGAUAGUCGGUUAUCGAUUUUAAUUUUUAACUGAUAACUGAACCGAUAAAGAUUGCUAGUGGUUAAUCGAUAACUGAUAAUUUCUUAUUGGUUCGAUUUCGGUUAGUGGUAUUUUGCUUAUUGGAUAAACACUAACUGACAAAUCGGUCAGUGGUUAACCGAUAACCGCCUACUAGUAUAACCACAUAGUUUUGGAAAGUCGCAAUUCCAAACCUCCCAAUUCCGAAUUAUUGCAAACAACUCCACCAAGAGUCUCAAAUUUGUUUAAGAGUCAGAACUCGAAAGUAACAUCUCUCUAACUUCUCUUUGCAUUCGACAAUGCAAACGUCAUACCCUAGUGAUCUUUCUCUCUUUGAUUUUUUUUGAAUGAUGAUCUUGUGGUGCUUGUAUUUGAUGUCUUUCAAAUUGGAUGAAUAAGUUUGAUUAAUUUUU